GUGCGGUGGGAUGAUUCAGUUCUCUUUAAGUGGUUGCGUCUGUGCAGGGUUACGAGUGAAUAGCUGCUCCUGCUGAUAAUCUAGUCAGACGACAACUGCGCGGGUUCACCACGCACGGCUCACAGACGGAAGGGAAGCUGUUAGAUGCUGUUUCUGCCUCCACCAUGGCAAAAAUCAUUUUGAGGCACCUCAUUGAGAUUCCAGUGCGUUACCAGGAGGCGUUUGAAGCUCGAGGUCUGGAAGACUGCAGGCUGGAUCACGCUUUAUAUGCACUGCCCGGGCCAACCACCGUGGACCUUGGAAAAGCCAGGGCGGCCCAGGCUCCUCCAGUGGACUCAGCGGCAGAGAUGCCGCCCCAAGAAGGCAAAUCACGCUUCCAGAUCCUGCUGGACGUGGUCCAGUUCCUCCCUGAAGAUAUCAUUAUUCAGACCUUCGAGGGCUGGCUGCUGAUUAAGGCUCAACAUGCAACCAGAAUGGACGAGCAUGGUUUUAUCUCCAGAAGCUUCACCCGACAGUAUAAACUGCCAGAUGGCAUUGAAACCAAAGAUUUGUCCGCGAUCCUCUGUCACGAUGGAAUUCUGGUGGUGGAAGUAAAGGACCCAGCUGGGACUAAGUGAAAUCCUAUCAGUGCCUGUUCACACAACAGGAGGAAGACUCCAGUUCCGCCCAUAAAUGGUACCGCCGAAAUGUUUGUGUUACCCACGUUUGAAAUGAUUUCUUAUGAAGAUUAAAAAUAUAGACAUAGUUCCUGGUAUGUUGAGGUGGUCUUUGUUAUUCUUACUCAGAACGAAUUAUUGUUAAAUAUGUUCCUACAGCUGAAAAUGAGGCUCUUCUUACACCUGAAACCUUGAGAGUUUGGAAACCAGUUUGAUUCUAGAGAGAACUCAGAAUUAUUUCUUCAUUAUGCCAACAAUGCCAGAGAAGGUGCAUUAGUGACACUGGGUGGCAAAAGAGCCGUCCUCAUUUAAGGCACGUUUAUCCAUUGUAUGAAAACGUUUUAUAUUGCUAGGAAGAGUUGUGAUCCCCUUCACCUGAUAUGUUUUCCUUUUCAGGGUGUUUUAAUGGCAGUGGAACUUUGUACACAUAGUCCGAA